CGUCUUCGCCAUUUGACUCUCUCUCUCUCUCUCUCUAAGCUACUACUAAUAAGCUAAACUAGCUCUGUUCUCUUUUGUUUCAUAUACAGUCCUGUACACUUCUUCUUCUUUACCCAAUCCUUCAUUUAUUACACACACUUCCCACAAUUCACAAUCAUAAACUCUCCCUCUCUCUCUUUCUUCUUUUUCUCUAUCUAUGUUUCUCUUCUUCAUCUUCUUCCAUUUUUCUCUUCAAAUAUGACUGGUACUAAUCAACUCAACCCCAGUGAAUCCAGGAGUGUUGUUCCAUUGAAUACGUAUGUGCUUAUUUCCAAUUUCAAGCUUGCUUACAAUCUUCUAAGACGAGCAGAUGGAACGUUCAACCGAGAUUUAGCAGAGUUUCUCGACAGAAAAGUGCCGGCAAACGCGAUUCCUGUUGAUGGGGUAUUUUCGUUUGAUCAUGUAGAUCGAAACAGUGGUUUAUUCAACCGAGUUUAUCUACCAUCUUCAGAGAAUGAAUCUCAAUGGGGUGUUGUAGAUUUGGAGAAGCCAUUGAGCACUACAGAGAUUGUUCCUGUUAUAAUAUUCUUCCAUGGAGGAAGCUUCUCUCAUUCAUCAGCAAACAGUGCUAUCUACGACACGUUUUGCAGAAGACUGGUGAGCCUUUGUAAAGCCGCGGUUGUUUCGGUUAAUUACCGACGAUCGCCGGAGCAUCGGUUUCCAUGUUGUUAUGAGGAUGGUUGGAAUGCACUCAAAUGGGUGAAAUCAAGAAAGUGGCUUCAAAGUGGGAAGGAGAAGAAAGUUUAUGUUUACAUGGCAGGUGAUAGUUCAGGUGGCAACAUUGUUCAUCAUGUAGCAGUGAAAGCUUCAGAAGAGAAAAUUGAGGUUUUAGGGAACAUUCUUCUUCAUCCAUUGUUUGGUGGUGAAAAGAGAACAGGUUCUGAAAUUAGAUUAGAUGGAAAGUACUUUGUUAGAUUACAAGACCGUGAUUGGUAUUGGAGAGCUUUUUUACCAGAAGGUGAAGAUAGAGACCACCCUGCUUGUAACCCGUUUGGUCCUAAAGGGGUAAAAAAUCUAAAAGGACUCAACAAGUUUCCCAAAAGUCUUGUUUGUGUUGCUGGUUUGGAUCUUUUACAAGAUUGGCAAUUGGCUUAUGUGGAAGGUCUGAGGAGUUUUGGUCAAGAGGUUAAACUUCUUUUCCUUAAGGAGGCUACUAUUGGUUUUUACUUCUUGCCUAAUAAUGAUCAUUUCUAUUGCCUUAUGGACGAAAUCAAGAACUUUGUUAAUCCUAAUUGUUAAUACUAUUACUAAACCUUACCCUUACUUAACAAAAGCUUCAAUUUUUCAUUUGGGUUUAUUUUGUUUUUUCUCUCUCUCUAGUGUUUGUACUUUUUUAUUACUUAGUGGUGUAAUGGUGUGUACUUAUAAUAGAGUUAUGAAGCAUUACUAACUAUUAUUAAAACAUCUAUGGUGGUCAAUUUAAGAGAUGAGAUUGAAGAUUAGGUAUUGAUUGAUGGUUUUGUAUUUGGGGAUUGUAUUUUCCUUUGUAGUACUAAUUAGUGAAUAUUACAUGGAGAACAUCAAAACCUCUCUCUAUAUAAAUAUAUAUAUAGUUUGUGUUGGAA